GGGGAAUGGCGUUAGGGCGAGUUUUGGGGAAUGGCGUUAUGAGGUAUGGUUAUGAGAUGUGAUGAUACAUUCAAGGUUUUUCUUCGCCCCUUUUCCUUUCAUCAUCCUCGGGGAUUUGAUUACAGUAAAGAGAAUAGUGUGGUCUAUCUAGGUAGUACCUACCGGCCAGCUACAGUAAGUAGUAAGUAGGAGCUAAAUAACCGACUAUUAUAACUUACAUCAUAAACCCCCUUCAUAAUCCCCCCUCCUCCAAUCUCUCCUCCCUCCUACUACAAGUACAAUCCCAAAAAAGCCGAACACACCCCGCCGAACAAAAACUCUACAUCCUCUAACCAUGUAUGAACUCGCAACAAAAUCACAUCUCCAAAACAACGCCACGAUUCUAUCUUCCCUCCUACAAUUCACCCUGGACCUCGGGUUUUCACUGCGGAUAGGGGGUGUGGGUGAGGAUGUCAAUGUCGGUGAUGAUGAUGGGAUAUUAACGAAUAUCACGAAAUCGGAUUUCUGGUUUUGGAUUUGUGUGCUUGGGAGUCUUGGGGUUGUAGGUAAGUUCACUUAGAAGAGGAGGUGGAGGUGGAGGUGGGGGUGGGGGUGGUGAUGAGAAUAAGGGAAUUUUACUGAUUCGAUUUGAUUCGAUGGAGUAG